AUGUCUGCGUGGAGAAAAGCUGGUUUGACAUACAACAACUACUUGGCUAUCGCCGCUCAAACGGUUCGUUCCGCUUUGAAAACCGAGGUCCAAAACACCAAAGUCUUGUCCAGAGGCAAGACUGACGCCAAGUUUGUGAAGUACGAGAACGGCAAUGCCACUGCCGAUGCUACUCUUUUGAAGAAAUAG